UUUGUCCAGAAAUCUUUGCUCUAUUUGAAUAAACUAAUGAUAAAAAGUUCAAUUAUAUUUGUACACAAGAAAGUCAAUAAAUACACAGAGAGUAAGUUUUUUUUUGAUCACCCUGUACAAAUUUGCAAGAGAGUUUGACUAGGAGGCUAGUGUAUUUCUAAUCAACAUUUUUUCAGAUUCCCAAUCAUGACACAAUUAUUCGAUUCAAAUAUAACAUAAGCGGUUGGAGUGAUUUUGUAAAUGAACAACCAUGGACGCAAUCAAAUGAAUCUGGUUCAUAUGAUCCAAAAUAUGAUCGUAUUUUCUUACUUCGAGCUCAUUAUAAGACUAUUGAUUGCAAUGAAACACGACGAAUUUGGAUUUAUUUACCACCGGAUUAUUAUCAGCAUGAUGAUCUGAUAAAUAAAAAAAGAUAUCCUGUUGUUUAUAUGCAUCAUGGCGAGAUGAUGUUUAAUUAUCAUAAUGUUGAAAGCGAAUGGAAAAUUGAUACAUUGCUUAACGAAGCCUAUUUUAAUUUGUCAUCAUGUUCGGCAUUACGAUGGGGAUUUAUUGUAGUAGCUAUUGAAUCACUCAAAGAUCCCGAUAAAGCUGAUCAGGAAUAUAUUGUCAGUCGGGAAGAAAGUGGUUGUCAUUCAAUAAACAAUUUAAAAACAUUUACUGGUUCAUUUAGACGGCAUAUCGAUACAACUUUUCGUACAAUUGGUCAAUGGGAUUAUACUGCCCAUUAUGGUGUAAAGACAAGUGGCAGUAUGGUCCUUCAUGCUUUUACAAAAUAUUAUCGAAUAAUUGGAAAAUUUGCAUGUUUCAGUAAUAUAUUGAAUAAUAAAAACGGUGAAUCAGACAAUGAACUAUUAGAAGAUAUGGUUAAAUCUCCAAUUUUCGAUACACCAAAAUCUAGCGUAAAUAAAUCAUCAAAAAAUACUUCAACUUCCAUAAGUAAUUUACUAUCUGGACAGUUUCCAAAGCUAUACAUGUUAUGGAGUAUAAAUGACACAAUACAAACAAUAGAUCUUGUGAGAUAUAUGACAAGAAAAAAAUUUCCAACCACUAAUCUUCAACUUUUACCGAUUAAUGACACUUAUCAACCAAGCAUGUACGGUAAUCAAAUGAUUAAAUCGCUAUGUUGGUUUUACGAUACACAUGAUCCAUCAAAUUUUUCACAAGUGGCUGAAUGGUUUCAUUUUGACAAAAGUAAUAAACAUUUAUUGUCAAAUUUAUCAAAUUAUCAACAUGGACGAUGA